AUGGCGGUCUCCAGUGCUCUCUCGACUUUCCUGGGAGCCCUCGUGUGUCUUUCUGUAGCCUUGCUCAGGUCUUCCAAGAAGAUUCUACUUCUGGAGCGACUGAGGGAAAUAGAUUUCCAACUCCAUAGAAACGCUCCAUCACACAACACACGAGUUGUCUCAUAUGUGGCUCUUGUAUACUGCUGCAUCAUGGUCAUCUAUGAUGUAAUAGAACACUUCAAUUACAUAUCGAUAUAUGCUAUAUCUGUGGCCUUUAAGGUUCCAGAACAAAGACGCUACACGACGACGACUUCACUGAUUAUGGCGGUCUCCAGUGCUCUCUCGACUUUCCUGGGAGCCCUCGUGUGUCUUUCUGUAGCCUUGCUCAGGUCUUCCAAGAAGAUUCUACUCCUGGAGCGACUAAGGGAAAUAGAUUUCCAACUCCAUAGAAACGCUCCAUCACACAACACACGAGUUGUCUCAUAUGUGGCUCUAGUAUACUGCUGCAUCAUGGUCAUCUAUGACGUUAUAGAACACUUCAAUUACAUAUCGAUAUAUGCUAUAUCUGUGGCCUUUAAGAUAGUGCUAAUAUUUGGGCUGGUAGAGCUGAUGGAGUUGGUACUCAGUGUAAAGGACAGGUUCCAGCUAAUCAAUCAACGAGUGGAAGAGUUGGUGAUGAGGUCUCGGACGAAGCAACUCUUGUGGACUGUUGCACUCCCUUGUGUUGAGGCAUUUUCUAAUCCUCGAGUGAUGUCGCUGACUAUACCAGGCCUCAGUGAGACACACUGGAGUCUGUGCUGUAUAGUCUAUGAUAUAAACGUUGUCUAUGGCUGUCAGAUGGUGGCCCUGAUGGUGUUUAUAUUCGCUCAUCUUGUCUUCUACCCGUAUUUCUUAUUCCUUCUCUUCUCUAUGGACUAUAACAAAUUUCUCUAUACCAUUCUUAUUGGCAACUGGAUAUUGUUAUAUGUGGGUGAACUUUACUUCUUGGUGUGGCCUUGUGCACAGGCUGUUGCAGAGCUGGAAAACUUCGCCCAGCAACUGUUCCACAGAGACGUCGAGUUCUCCGCUUGUGGUCUGUUCAACCUUCACACAUCCAUCAUUGUGUCUGUAGCCAGCGCGGUUACUACCUACUUAGCCAUCAUCAUACAGUUCCAAACUUCUAGUGUUGGCGAGACCUCUACCUCUACAACAACUGCUGUUACUCUUAAAGCUUCUUAG